AGAUGUUCGCGGUAGUUUACCAUCCUUCCAGAAAUACCUCUUUGUCGUCUCGGUUCGGUGUGAGAACUGCGGGGGUUAAACCCGUAUUCAUAUAAAUGUAACCGCAGGCUGCGCAGUCAGAAGGAGCGCGCGGCUUAGGACCCACUUCCACAGGACUUCGAGAAGACUUGAUGCCGACUUGGAGAAGAAGACUCCAUGAGAACUUCAAGUGCGAGGGACCCCCCGGCCGAGGCUAUAUAAGGAGGAGAAGAAGUGUCGGGCGCUUCACUGCGGUUCUUUGAGCUCUUUCUUCAGCCACCACAGAGUGAACAUCGGCGGAGCACUAGUGAAGUCCAUCAUCAUACUGAGCUCCAUCACCGUGUUCUCUAUGAAGCGCUUCUAAGAGUUCUUUAAACACCCGAAGAUCGGACCUGCUAAUCCAGGAGUCAUGAUUCUCAGGGGAAGUUCAUUCUGGCUGCCACUGCUACUUCUAUCUGUCUCCGCUCUUGCUCAAGAUGACGAAGAAUUGGAAGAUGGCACCGUCAUCGACUUGCUGCAUUCCAGCCAAAUCACAGAUAUGACCCCCGGUGUCAAGAUCUUCCGGGGGCUGGAGCCAGACACCCCAGCCUACCGCUUCAUCAGUGCGGAAUCGCUGCCUCCGGUGAGCGGAGGAGCUCUGCGACAGCUUGUGAGGCAAAUCCAGAACAAUGAGGGCUUUGUGCUCUCAGCAACCUUUCGGCAGGACCGAGGCUCCCGCAGCACUCUGCUGUCCAUGGUGGGCCCUGGGGAUCGCCUUCAAUUCCAGGUGGUGUCCAAUGGCCGCGCCAACACCCUGGACAUUUUAUACUGGGCUGAUGGCUCCAAUAAGAUGGUUUCCUUCGAGGAUGUUGACUUGGCUGAUUCGCAGUGGAAGAACCUGACUAUGGAGGUACAUGGCGAGGUGGCCAAUUUAUUAGUGGGCUGCUCUCUGGUUGACGGCUUCAUUCUGGACGAGCCCUUCUAUGAAAACCUGCAUUUUGAGGGCAGCCAGAUGUUUGUGGCCAAGGGAUCCAUGCGACAAAACCACUUUCGUGGGUUGCUGCAAGACAUACAAUUCAUCUUUGACACCCCGGCAGAGGAGGUCCUGGCCAGCAGGGGCUGUGAGAUCUCCAAGCAUGAUGAGGCCAACGCCGUGAGCGAGAGUGCCGAGGUGACGGAGACACCUGAGGACCUGCCUGUGGACCCCAGCGCUCCCACCAACUCCAUCGGGCCCAAGCUGGAGACCCCGGCCCCGGCGGCAGCGCCAGGUUCACAGCUCAUGUGCGAGCGCUCGUGCGAGGAGCUGGCCAACCUGUUCCAAGAGCUGCAGGGUUUGCGUGUCGUCGUGAGCAACCUCAUCGAUGGCCUGCAGAAAGUGACGGAUGAGAACACCGCCAUGAAGGAGACACUGGCAAAGAUGAAGAUGAGUGAGCAGCAGGUGUGCUGGCACGAUGGAAGACUGUUUGAGGACAAGGAGGACUGGGUGGUGGACACCUGCACCAUGUGCACCUGCAAGGAAGGGAGAGCGGUCUGCCGGGAGAUCUUAUGUCCUCUGGUGUCCUGCGCCAAUCCAACCUUCCCUGAUGGGGAAUGUUGUCCUGUUUGCCUGUCUACCGACAGCAACGAGUUUACGGCUUGGUCGCCCUGGUCGGAGUGGACGACUUGCACGGUCACCUGUGGCACAGGAACGCAGCAGAGGGGUCGUUCCUGCGACGAUUCCAGCAGCUCGUGCCCUGGUCCAUCCAUCCAGACACGCAGGUGCAGCAUGGGAAAGUGCAGCAACCACAUCCGAAGGGAUGGUGGGUGGAGCCUAUGGUCACCGUGGUCCUCCUGCUCGGUGACGUGUGGCGAUGGCCAGAUCACCCGCAUCCGGCACUGCAACGCUCCUGUUCCACAGCGCGGGGGCAAGGACUGCGAGGGCACUGGGCGUGAAACCCAGACCUGCCAUGCAAACCCAUGUCCCAUCGAUGGUGGAUGGGGCCCCUGGUCCCCGUGGGCGGCCUGCUCGGCAACCUGUGGCGGGGGACUGAAGAGCCGAAUGCGGGAAUGUAACAGCCCCCACCCUGAACAUGAGGGCAGGCCGUGUCUGGGGGAGACUGUUGACAACGAGGUCUGCAACAAGCAAGACUGCCCUAUUGAUGGCUGUCUCUCAAACCCGUGUUUUGCUGGGGUGGAGUGCAGCACUGGAGCCGAUGGAUCCUGGGAAUGUGGCCCCUGUCCCCUGGGUUUCCGUGGCAAUGGCACCCACUGCGAGGAUGUGAAUGAGUGUGACAUGGUCUCGGACCUGUGCUACAACGUGCCGGGCACUGAGCGGUGUAUCAACACAGAGCCUGGCUUCCACUGUCUCCCCUGUCCCCCACGGUACAAGGGCACUCAGCCUUAUGGCUUGGGAGUGGAGGUGGCCAAGAACAACAAGCAGGUCUGUGAGCCAUAUAACCCUUGCAAGGACAAUACCCACAGCUGCCACAAGUUUGCAUUGUGCAUCUUCUUGAGCCACUUCAGUGACCCCAUGUACAAGUGUGAGUGCCGGACCGGCUAUGCCGGAGAUGGCAUCAUCUGUGGUGAGGACUUUGACCUGGAUGGCUGGCCAAACCAGAACCUAGCUUGUGGAGAAAAUGCUACCUACCACUGCAAGAAGGACAAUUGCCCUCAUCUGCCCAACUCAGGGCAGGAAGACUUUGACAACGAUGGCCAAGGAGAUGCCUGCGACAGUGACGACGACAACGACGACAUCGUGGACGAAAGGGAUAAUUGCCCACUACAGUACAACCCACGUCAGUUUGAUUACGACAAGGAUGAUGUUGGUGAUCAGUGUGACAACUGUCCUUAUGAACACAACCCAGCGCAAACCGACACAGACAACAAUGGCGAGGGAGAUGCCUGUUCCAUCGACAUUGACGGAGACGAGAUCCUGAAUGAGCAGGACAAUUGUCCCUACUUCUACAACACAGACCAGAAGGACACUGAUCUAGAUGGUGUGGGAGACCAGUGUGACAACUGCCCCCUUGUUCACAACCCAGACCAGAAAGACAAGGACAAUGACCUGGUGGGAGAUCAGUGUGACAACAACCAGGACAUUGACGAAGACGGCCACCAGAACAAUAUGGACAACUGCCCCUACAUCCCUAAUGCAAACCAGGCUGACCAUGACCAGGAUGGGAAGGGUGAUGCCUGUGAUCCAGAUGAUGACAACGACGGGAUCCCUGAUGAUCGAGACAACUGCAGGCUUGUGGCCAACCCAGAUCAAAUUGACUCUGACGGAGACGGCCGUGGUGAUGCCUGCAAGGAUGACUUUGACAACGACAACAUCCCAGACAUCAUUGAUGUCUGCCCAGAGAACAACGCCGUCAGUGUCACAGACUUUCGCAAAUUCCAGAUGGUUCAUCUUGACCCCAAGGGGACUACACAGAUUGACCCCAACUGGGUGGUUCGGAACCAAGGAAAGGAGCUUGUGCAGACCGCCAACUCAGACCCAGGGAUUGCUGUGGGCUUUGAUGUGUUCAAUGCGGUGGACUUCAGUGGCACGUUCUAUGUGAACACGGACCGAGAUGAUGACUAUGCUGGCUUCGUGUUUGGCUACCAGUCCAGCCGGCGGUUCUAUGUGGUCAUGUGGAAGCAGAUCACCCAAACCUACUGGGAGACUAAGCCUUCCAAGGCCUUUGGCAUCUCUGGCGUGUCCCUCAAGGUGGUCAAUUCCACAACGGGCACAGGGGAGAUUCUCCGAAAUGCCUUGUGGCACACAGGCAACACCAAGCAUCAGGUCCGCACCCUCUGGCACGACCCAAACAAUAUUGGCUGGAAGGAUUACACAGCCUACCGCUGGCACCUCAUACACAGGCCCAAGACUGGAUUCAUCAGGGUCGUGGUCUAUGAAGGGAAACAGAUCAUGGCUGAUUCAGGCCCCAUCUAUGACAAGACCUUUGCUGGAGGAAGGUUAGGACUCUUUGUCUUCUCCCAGGAGCUGGUCUACUUCUCUGACCUGAAGUACGAAUGCAGAGAUAACUGAGCUCUGCGAGGGGUGAAAAUGAAGUUCUCAAGCCAUAAUCAAGUAAUCAUAAUCUUAUAAACUGAUCCUGUGACAUUUUUCGGAUGAAUCCACAGCAAAAAGGUACAUCAGAGUACAAGAUGUUCAGCCAAACUUACUACAACUGUCUGCCACGUCAGCCAAUGGAAGUGAGCACCGCUUUUUUACUGUCCUCAGGACCAGUUCCUGCUAUACCCAAGAGCUUGGGGGAUGUGGAAUAACCUGACAGGACUAUGGAGGGUUAGGGUAUUGCGAUGGUACCACUGGGGUGCGGAGUAUCCUAACACUGGCCCAUGGUCUUUCCAGCUCAGAAUUCAUUGUACCUUAUAGAGUGACCAUAACAUUAAACUCAUUAUAAUGUAUUACUUCUACAAAUAUACCUGGGCGAACUAUACAUUUUCAGUUCCGAGUUUUAUCAUUCCAGUUCAGCGUUUUAAAGUUAUACACCACCUUUUUUUCUCUCAAUUUACUGUACAGAUAUGUGUGUAAUGUCGAGUGAUUCUUAUUGAUUGUAGCCAAGUGUCACUUUCCUUCGACAGGAGAUGCUGUGAAAUUAUUCACCUGAAUGGGGAUUUUUCCAGUAUCACCAUAACAAAUCAUUCCAGCUUGUUGCACAAAUUGCUCUUUAAGGUUAUUGCAUCAUUUCCUGUUGUCUUGAAUGAGUCCCUUUUAAGAGGGUCUCUUGUUGUGACUUGCAUUUCAAUUCAGAAAUUUAGCCUUCUAAUGUUUGAAUUGCUUUUGGGGUGAAGAUGUUUAUAUUAAGAUUGUACUAUAAUUUCUUUUGUAAAUUAUUCGUGUUUUGCUUCACAUGUCAUGAGCUGAUUUUUUUUUUUGUUCUAGCCAAGAGAUGUAUAUAAUUAUUUAUUGUCAACAUUGAUUAAAUUUCUUCAGCUCAAGUGCUAAGGCAUAUAACUACAAUAUUCAGAUUUUCCCAAAAACCAAAAUAAGAUGACGUGACAUUUCAAAAGCAUCUUAUCUUACUUCUUCAGCAAAAUGUGUUACAAGUUCAACAGCUGUAAAUUUAAAAAGGUAUCUUAGAAAGCAUUUUAAUAUAUUUAAAAGUGAUUUAUUUUCUGGACGUGUGACUGAAAAUGCAACUCGACUGUAAAGAUUGUAAACAACAGGACUGGUUUUUGGGUCUCGUCGUAGAAACUGUACAGGCGAAAUGCUGGAAAAAUAUUGGAUAAAAUGCUGGUUCAUCUUUGAAAUCGAUCCAUGUGACUCUACUGGAGGUUAAACAAUUAGAGUGCAGUGCGGAAUGACGACGUUGUCACACACAACAAUGAAAAUAAUCAUCUUAAUUUUAGUCUGUCCUCAUUCUCAGGACUAAACAUAACACAACUGUUAUUUUUAAUUCAGCAACAUAUUGAGAAAAUUUUAGAUCAGUGACUGUGAGACAGUUUCUAAAAAAAAUGGUUAUUUGUUGUACAUUUAAACCAUUGAGUUCAAGAUCUGUUUAGGGUUUCCUUGGAAAUGACGAUAGUAGUUUAAAAAUUUGUAUGUUGCGUUGUUCCAAAGACAACAUCAUGAAGGUUGGCUGAAUUUCAUGACCAAACAGUAUUUUUCUCUGGAUUCCCUCCAUCCGCAGACAACACUAAUAGAACAUUAACCCAUAACUAGGAUUUUUAAUUCUUUAAUUGGAUGGGUCUUAUGGAUUAGUAGCUGAUGACAUCUAUAUACCUUUUUUAUAGCUUUUAUACUACAAUUGUUUUGUAUGUUUCAUAACUACCAUAUUACCAUGUAUUUUUUUAUUCACGUGAUUUGUCAGGUUGUGCCCAAUUUGUCUGCUGAUAGCUAUAUCGUUGUUUGAAUUUUCAAAGCAAAAGAACCAUUUGUAAGUGUCUGGCACCAAAUGAAAUGAUAAUGUUUCACAAAUAAAACUUUCGUACGAGAUUUUCCUCGGGGCCCGCCUGCAGUUAUGACUAAAAGCUGCUGUUAGGUAUGACUUUUGGGGUUUUUUGUUACCAUAUUUAUUGUCCAGACUAUGUAGAAAUUCUCAGGACUGAAUAGAACACAACCAUUGCUUUCAAUUCAGCAACAUAAACCGCUGGCCCUUGUGGGUCGCCAGCAUUUCUCAGACUCACGGUGUUGUGCAAACAAAGUGUGUAUAAUCUCAACCAGUGCCAGUAAAAAUGUAACCAAAAAAUUAUGUUGAAAACACACAGGAAAUCAAAAGUUAUUUAUAAUGCGCUAGAAAGGAGUUCAAACAAAAAUGCUGGGAUUAGCAGCUGUAAUGAUGACGACCCAAUAAAUAAACUGCCAGGAA